AUGCUCUUGGUUUUCAAUUUCUUUUUGGCAAGCUUUUUCUCAGCAGUGUUCUGCGCGCAAGCCGAGGAGCGGCUAAUGGCUGAUGUUUUUCGGGGAUAUAAUAAUUUAAUAUUGCCAGUGAAAAACAAUUCUCAAUUGCCGAUGACUGUCAAAGUGGCUCUUCAAGUGCAGCUAUUGAUCAAUGUGGAUGAGAUGACUCAAGUGAUGCACACGAAUGUUUGGGUGACGCUACAAUGGACAGAUUUCCAAAUGAAAUGGAAUCCAUUGGAAUACGAUGAUAUUGGGAUAAUUCGCGUUCCUCCGGAUAAAGUCUGGGUGCCUGAUGUAGUGCUGUUUAAUAAUGCCGAUGGUCGUUUCGAGGUGGGUUUCAUGUGCAAUGUGGUCAUUGAAAGCGAUGGGCAAAUGCUUUGGGUACCGCCAGCGAUCUAUAAAAGCUCUUGUAUUAUAGAUGUCGAGUUUUUCCCAUUCGAUGAACAAGUUUGCGAUAUGGUUUUCGGUUCGUGGACAUACAACAGCAAAGAGGUGGUCUUGGAUUUUGUUUCAAUUCCCGGAGCUGAUCUAUCCGUCUAUAUGAACUCCUCAAUUUGGGAUAUUGCUGACGCGCCGGCGUCGCUGGUAAACGAUCGGAGUCGAAUCGAGUUUCAGUUGAAAAUUCGCCGAAAGCCACUCUUUUACACAGUCGUUUUGAUCAUUCCCACCGUCAUCAUGGCUUUCCUUUCAAUGGCUGUUUACUUUUUGCCAACUGACUCAACCGAAAAAAUGACGCUCACUAUCUCGAUUUUAUUCUCAAUUGUCGUCUUUCUCUUGCUACUCACAAAGAUUUUACCGCCAACCUCGAGCACCAUUCCGCUUAUGGCAAAAUACUUAUUGCUAACAUUUGUCCUCAAUGUGAUCACGAUCUUGGUGACGGUGGUCAUCGUGAAUGUGUAUUUUCGAGGCCAAAACACGCAUCGAAUGCCUCAUUGGGUGCGACAAGUUUUCCUCGAGUUUCUACCAAAAUUCAUUUGCAUGAAGCCACCGAAAACCAUCAUUAAACACAACGAGAGAGCCCGAAUGUCAUCAACGUUGGCUGGCUUGGAGAAAUAUUCUCUCAAUUCUCUCACAUCUCAUCAUCCACAUUGCUCUAAUCAAGAAAGCCUCGAGUUUUUGACUCCAAAACCGAACAACUCAUCACUGAAGCCGUUUCUCUGCGCGUCGAAAUUUCCAUCAAAGUUGCCUCAAGAAGCGCACAAAGCCGUCGAUGCGAUCGAGUUCAUCACACAAAAUCUGAAGCAAAAAGAAGAGAACACUUUGAAUCGUGACGAUUGGCGUUUCGUGGGGAUCGUUUUAGAUCGUCUGAUGUUGUAUCUUUUCUUUGGCGUGACUCUUGGUGGAACAAUCGGCAUUUUAACGUCAUCAGAUCACAUUUUUGAUGUGGUCGAUCAAUACGCGGUCGUCGAAAAGUACAAUCCAAAUAACUACAAAGAUAAACCGUGGAUACCAAAUGAA